AUGACUCCCAAGGCGAUCGAGUCUAUCCCACUUCCAUUUCUUCUGAGCUUUGCGACCUCAAAUACCCAUAGAUCGAUCCCAUACACGUUUGGCUUUUCAACUUCACCUCCGGAGGCUCUUCCCGAGCUGGCUUCGCUGUUCGAUGAUGCAGCCCCUGUUGAGGACCCCCAAGCGGACAAGACCCAUGCGUCCAGCUUGCCCAACAGCUGGAACCAGGCAGAAGGCAACCUCAACGUGUCGAGGGAGGCCUUCAGCACAUCAGGGCAGGGUGCCCCCUCCCACAGCACGUGGAGCUGCAUUCCGUCCGAGAAUCCGAUCUCUAUGUACACUUCGUGGGGCUUUGAAGACCUUGACAACUUCAUGACCGGUCCAAUAGGCUGCACCGACGACCCGAAGCAAGGCUUCAAUGCGCAGGCUACAGCUUCGUCGUCAGAGAUGGAGAGUCGGCAAUCCUUUGCCCCCGAAAGCUUUACUUUCACAUUUUCCAUCCAGUCCCGCCUGGAUGAGAUCUCCACCCAACUCAUGUGCUUCUGCAUGUCCCUCCCUCCGGAGCAUUUUGCAUCCACAAAGCACGUAAAGAUAAAUCUCGCAGGCUGUCUCUUCAAAGUGGUCAAUCUACAGACAGCGCUACCUAUGUACUUUCACCACUUUCACCGACACUGUCCCGCUGUUCAUCCCGCCACUUUCAAACCACAAAGCGCGUCAACACAGCUUCUUCUGGCAGUUUUCCUGGCCGGAACGUUCUAUACUUCAUCCCAAGCACAACUGGACAUUGCAAGGAACUACCUGGACUUGGUCGAGGAAUUCGUGCAGAAUUGUUCCAGUUUCACCGAAAUGUUGACCGGGAACCUGCGUGACUCUGAAGGAGCCCAGCGCGAGUACAUAGAGAUACUCCAGGCUGCAAUCAUCAUCUACAUGUUGCAAGACAAUGAGGGUAUUCAGGAGGCACAGGAACGGCUACGUGCACAGAAUUUCCCAAAGCUUAUCAAGCGAAACACGACUCAGGUGACUACCACCCUUGGCUCAAUGCCCUUCCGGUCUGGCAAGACUUUUGACGCUUUGGACAGGAUCGUGCAGCUGAUCUGUUGGAUGGACUUCGAAUUCUGUGUGUUUUACAACAUUCCGGCAAGACUCACAAUGGCGGAGAUCAAUGCUGAGCUGCCAUGCUCAGAGCAUGUUUUCGAGUCACGAACAUGGACGCAAUGCUUCCAGGAACUGUGCCGGCAACCUCCAAAGCGCCGCUGCACUCUCAGUUUUGCCGUGAGACUUAUCUUGUCGAAUGCUUGGGACGAGAAAUCCUCGGAGAUGCUCAUAGAUCUUCCGACGCUGUCCCUUUUCACGCUCAUCACCGGUGAAUAUGCAACAGACUGCUUGCCAGAUGUGAUUGUACUGAUUGGAAAUCUAGCAUUGAAUGCGCUGGCCUGGACAGCUCAGGGAUUUUUCUUGGACGCUCUAGUCCAUGAACGAGUCGAAGUGGCUUUGGCAAGAUGGAAAGAAGCCUGGGACAAGCACCAGGGUCGCUUAGCUCCGGACGAGUUCAAACGGCUCGGGGUACCUAGACAUUCUCUGGAGAUGUGGUGGCUUGGAAAUGUGCUCUUGCAGCUUGCAAAGCACGAGCAGACAGCCCUUACCUCUACAGACGCCGAGUCAGCAUCUGAGCACUUCGGCAACUGCACCCGCGAUAUCAAGGAUAUCAUUGUUCGAUUUGGCACGGGCGCAAGGUAA